AUGAGUUCGAUUUGUCUGAUUAAUCCUAACGAUGUCAACAAGACUUUUGAUAUUGCGAUGUUCGUAGGUCAAACAGUUGAGACAGUUCGUUCUGGAUUUUUCUCUGAAAGCAAAUUUAUAUGUGCAAGAUUCAAAAAUUAUUCAGAGAGGCUUGACAAUAAUGCUGUUAUCGGGGAUUGGAUUAACGAAUUAGUCCAGAAUAAUAUAGGAAAGUAUGACAUCCCCGAAACAUUUCUUAUCGGGCAAAACGAAGAAAAUCCAAAAAUAUCGAUUGCAAUUCAUCCAAAAUCAAAGCAUGAGCUAACCCUUCCAAAAAUAUAUGUUCCCAUUACCGAAGAACUAUUCAAUAAUGGAACAGUUACUCAGUUCCUAGAAGAGGUUACAAAAUUCGUUACGAUUGAACAUAAAUUUAUCAGCCUUCAGUCAAACGGUCAAGAUGUUAGUGCCAGUACCACCAUUCAGGAACUGCCGAAUUUAGCUAAAACGAAUGGCCUGACUUAUAAUUUCGAGUUUACACAAAGCGGCGAAGAACGUGUGAUUAAGCGUAACAGUGUCACUUACGAACUGUUCGAGACAGAAAAGAAAUAUAUUAAUUACUUAAAUAUAAUUCUCGACUUUUGGAAGCCAAAAUUCCUCAGAUCAGCUUUCUUUACACAAGCCGAAAUAAAAACCCUCUUCGAUGAUAUACCCGCGAUCGUUAAAGCUCAACAGGCGUUCUACGAUGACAUGGCUUCUUAUAAAAUCGAUUAUAGUUUAUCUGUUUUGCCAAUUAUCAUGCGCCACAUAGAAGACUUCAAAGUCGCUACACACGCUAUCGCUUACCAACAAGAAAUUACAGAUUUGAUGAACAAAAAGGCAAAAGAUGCGAGAAUUCUUAAAUUAAUCAAACAAUUGGCAGAAGAACAAAACGGUACAGAAUUCUUAUCAUUUAUGAUUUCUAUAGUCCAAAGAAUCCCUAGAUACAUGCUUUUCGUCAAGGAAUUGAAUAAAUAUUCUCCUCCUUUCCAUCCGGACUCAAUUCGCAGCGCAUUGGCUAAGCAGAUGAUUGACGAUCUCUCAAAGCAUGUAGAUGUUGCUACAAAGAAGGCAAAUCGUGAAUUAAAGUUAAUUUCGGUCCAAAGCAACUUAACAAACAAAUACGUCAUUCUCAAGCCAGACAGGAACCUCAUAAACUGCUGGAACGUCACAAUUUCCGACAAAAAUAGCUCUUCGGGCACUUUUUACGUGUUUAAUGAUAUUAUUUUAUUAAUCCGAAACAACAACAAGAACUACACUAUCAUUUACGAGAGCGAUAUAUACAACUUCCACUUUUCAUACAUUAAUGAGCAAACUUUCAAACUACACGAUGAUACUCCAAAUGGAGUUAAAUUCAUCAUUAUCCAGUUCGACAACCCCGACAGAUUUACAGAGUUCUUCGCGACGAUCGAGUCCAGCAAGGACAAAUACUUACUAAAACUCGGCCAUGGCUAUACAAUAAACUGGGAAGUUCUCCAGACAUCAAUAGAGUUCCCUCCUACCUGCAAUACGUCAUGCGUAUUGUACGAUACUACGUUCAUUUUCUUCGGUGGCCAGAGAAAUGACGAAAGAAAUCCAACAUCUAUGCUUACAGCCAUCAGAUUGAACGAUUUGAACUGCGUAGAGAUUACUUCGAUCGCUAAUGGCCGUUACGGACAUACUGUUAAUAUCGAUGAAGGCAAACUUUACAUUAUUGGCGGAAAGAAUAAAAUGAUGGAGUUUAAGAAGUUCCUUUCCUACAAUUUCCUACAGCAGACAUGGUCCCAAUUACUUCUCAAUGGCGCAGAAUCGUUUACAGCCCGUUACGGACAUACGACAACAUCGAAUGGUCAAAACUUCUACAUUUUCGGAGGCAGAACUCCAUCCGGAAAUAUUCUUGAUGACCUUAUCAUGUUCGAUCCGGUCAAAAACUCCCUUACUUCCAUAAAUCCGCCAGGUGGUCGACCAUCUGCUCGUUACCGCCAUGCCGUUGUCAUCAUCGGCGAUCACCUCUUCCUUCAUGGUGGCAAGGCGUCAAAGAAAGAGUUCCUUAGCGACAUGUGGAUGUUGGAUAUGAACGCAAUGGUCUGGCAACAGGUCGCUAUCGGCGGAGAACCUCUUCCUCCUCGCGCUUGUCACGCAAUGGCCGUAAUAGGAACCUCAAUUCUUAUUAUCGGAGGUCGUAAUUCUUCGAUUGAAGAAACAUUACCGACAUAUACUAUCGAUAGCGAGACAUUCGAAUGCCACAAGGUCUUAGAUGUCGGAAAUGUCCCUCAUAGCUUAAGAAAAGCCGCUUAUACCUAUGAUAAUAAUUAUAUUUAUCUUUAUGGCGGCAUCGAGAAGCGAAUGAAGACACCUACAAACAUCCUCUACAAGAUUUCUCUUGGUAGUACAUGGGCGAACCGCGCAAACAUCAUGACAGCCCGUCAUGCAGUAUCAAUGGUUCCUAAGAAGCAUCGCCAAUCAUUAAUUCCUCAACAGAGCUUGUUUACAGGCGAUGACAUGGACUUUGAAGAGAUUGUACAGCUCACGAAGACAUCAAACAUCAGAGCACAGAGACAUGUCCAGUCAAUUGUCGAAAAGAAGAUCAUUUCGUCAUCAGUUAAACCAUCAAACGAAGAUGUUGCAGCGAUGAUGACAGCAGGACCAGGAGCUCAAGAUGAAACUGUUGAAGAAAUCUUCGAAGAAGAAGAGGAAGAAGAAGACAACGACGGAAUGGAGUUUUCCGAUGAAAACGAAGACAGCGAGGAUGAAGGAAAUCUUGAAGUUUUCCAGAUCAAUCCUGUCGCAAGCAACUCAUCCGCAUGGAAACCAUCUGCAGCGGCCAUCAAGGAGAGAAAGAAGAUGGAUCCAUCUCGUCCUAUCAUGGAGGUUUUGACAGAACUUUUGACAACUCCUGUCGACCAACCAGCACAAGGAACUCCAGCGGCAAGGAAGCCUAAGAUCAACGUCAUUGUUUCUAAAGUUACACCUACUAGAAAGGGCGCAUUCAUGAGCAAGAGGAACUCUAUGAUCAUCAAGAAAUAA